CGCAGCAUCCCUAUUACAGUCAUAGAUGCAGAAGGAUCAGCAGCAUAUUUUACUUUUUAUUCCUCGUCCAGUGCGUCUUUCGUGUUUAACUCGAUCGUUCUUCGCGCGGUUCGCCGUUCGCCAUUUGAGUUCCUCUUUCCUUCCUGGUGGUGUUUCUGUCCUACGUGCGCACGACACAUUUAAUUUAAUAAAAAGAGAAAGAAACAAGAGCUGAAAGAAACGUUUCCUUCAGUGUGGUUCACAAGUUAUGAGUACGGUGAAUAGUUUAGUUGUAAAGCAUACGUUUUCACAAUGAAGAUCAUUUCGAUGGCGCUUCUUCUGUUAGUCUUCCUGGCGCAGUACAUUGUCUGCUACUAUCCAAUACGUCCAACGACGAGUACCGGCAGGUGUCCGCAGGUGAGGCUGGUGAACGGCCGAGUCCGAUCGAGGGCCAGAGGGAGAAUCAUCAGAUUUAGUUGUUACGAGGGUUUCAGUCUCGUAGGUAGCAAGUACGCGACUUGUUUUCGAGGCCAGUGGGAUAGGCCUACGCCUAUAUGCGUCAAUGCAGAAUGUCCCGCUCCAGCCAUGCCAGAACACGCGCUGAUGGCGCCUAAGUACAACGGCGCGAUACUGUUGUAUUUCUGCGAACCUGGAUACACGUUGAUCGGCUCGCACGAGAUUUAUUGCGACGGAAGACACUGGAAUGGCACAGUGCCUUAUUGCCGAGAUACCACCGCUUCACCUCCGACGCAGUGCGACUUCGAAAAACCGGAUCUCUGUUGGUGGGAGCAAGAUCCUUUGCACGAUUUCGAUUGGCAGCGGCACAACUUCGAGACUACGAACUAUCACAUAGGGACCGGGCCGUCUCACGAUCACACGCUAGGGCCAGGGAACGAUGGUUAUUACUUGUACAUCGAGGCUACCGGUCGAUUGGAAAACGACUCGGCGAGGAUCAUCUCUCCCAUUUACAACGCAUCGUACACGGAUUAUGGCUGUUUCUCGUUCUGGUAUCACAUGUUCGGCACGAAGAUAGGAGCCCUGAACGUGUACUUCAAGCAAGAGAACGAUCUUCUGCCGCGGCUAAUGUUCAACAAGGAGGGUAACCAAGGAAAUCAAUGGCUGCACGGUAUUUUCAAUCUACCCAAGGCUAAGAAGGGUUUCCAGGUCAUAAUCGAGGGCGUGCGAGGCAGCGGCUACGUGAGCGACAUCGCCGUAGACGACGUGGCCAUUUUGCAGGGUGACAAGUGUCGAGACGACGCUAAAGCGGAGAACGAGGGGGUCACCGAGGGCGACGAUGAUCAAAUCGAACUGGUGAACGCGCAGCAAACUUGCCGUGGAAAAUGUAAAAAUAGUGUGACAUACAAUUUUACAACUUCGAUGCCACCCACGCCAACGGAAAGCUGCCUCUGCACCCUCGAUUGCGAAGAACAGUCGCUCUGCUGUCCGGAUUACGCGGAGUAUUGCAUUCUUGCGUACACCAGCGAGGCGAACGUGACCGUGGAACAGUCGACGAUCCCGAACCACGAGGGUGCAGUUUCAGUUCCAGCAACGAGAAAGAGCACGAUGAGCGACAUGGCGACGGUCAGAAGCGGUUUCUCGAUAAAUCCGAAGGACGACAUCGAUCCUGUCACGCUGAAACCGUCCACUGUCACGACAAUCGCGCCAACGACCACGAACACGACCACGACCACGACCACGACCACGACCACGACCACGAGGAGAAUCGAGAAACCGCCAACGAAAAGCACCAAACGCGCCACACAGACAAUCGUCACUACGAGAACUAUUCAGACGUCGGUGACGCCAUUUGUUCGGCCCACCAGCACACCUGGCAGAUACGCUCCAGUGAACGAGAAGCCUGAUUCGAACGAGAGGAGGCAAGAUCCGGAGAAGAUAGCCCGAGGCUCGAGGUUCAGCUUGUCGGGAAUUAUCGCCGCGGUGGUCGGGAGCCUGACGGGUGUGUCCAUCUCGCUAAUGCUCCUGGUUAUCAUCCUGAGACGAAGAAAAACGUACAAACGCGGAACGAACGGAUCGGCGCUAUCGGAGGACAGCGACGUCCGAUUUUUAACGUCCGACGAGAUCUUGGACUUCACGUUGGCCAGGCCCAGCGACAACGACGAGACGUCAGAGGUUCAUCGUCAACAAAGGAAUUAGCGUCCUCUUGCCCAUCGCAAAAUGGCAUCUGCCAAUACGUCAAGGUGAGCUUUCGUCUGGAACAGAGAGAGAGAAAAUAGCGUUUUGCUCGUGAUUUGCCUGGUCCGAAGUGAAAGCAACGUGUUUAGUUUGAAACUUGAGGUGUACGUAUGCGAGCGAAUUGACAGAUGCACGGAUCUAACGUUUCUUUUUAGUUUUUUUUUUUUUUUUUUUAUUUGCGACGUCGAACGAGACGAAACGGAGAAGAAAAUUUGCCCGAAUGGAAUGUUUUCUCGUUAACUAAUUCUCUGCUGGCUA